AUGAAGUAUCAUUUGGCUAUCCUCACUUUGUUGAGUUCGCUUCUUGCACCCGUUUUUGCAGAUGUGGAAAUCACAUCACCAGAAGAAGGGGACAAGUUCUCUGGGUCAUCAGGAAAAGCUACUAUUAUAGUCAAGUGGGACGAUAAUUCAGAUUCAGACUCAGACAUGUCAUUAGAUAACGUCAAAUCUUAUACGCUUUCAUUGUGCACAAAUGGUUCACCUAUUCAAUGUUUGGACCCCACAAUCAAACAAAAAGAGAUUACUUCAAAUACAGCUACUGUCUCAGUUGAACAGAACGAUGUACCAAGUGGUUAUUACUUUAUACAAGUGUACACUUUAUUUACAAAUGGUGGCUCAACAAUCAACUACACGCCUAGAUUCAGGUUGACUGAUAUGGAGGGAACUUCGGGAACUUUAGUUGUCACAGUGACGGGUGAUCAACCAGGCGGUCAAACGUCGGGUUUUGGCCAAACUACUGGUUCUGAUAUUUCAAAGAGUUUUACAGUACCAUACACACUACAAACAGGAAGGACGAGAUACGCACCAAUGCAAAUGCAACCAGGAUCUACCGUUACCGCCACCACGUGGACAAGAAAGUUUCCAACAAGUGCAGUCACAUAUUACUCAACUAAACACACGAAACCCGUAGUUCACUCAACUAUAACUCCUGGUUGGAGUUAUACAGCUAGUUCGGAAGUCAAUUGGGCAACUGUUGCUCCUUAUCCAACAAAUUGGUAUGCUGCAAGUGAAAGAAAGCUCAGUAAAGCUAGCAUCACAGCCACAAAGAAAAGAAAAAGAUGGAUAGAGUAA